AUGAAAAACGAUAAAGUUGACAAAUUAACAGAAAAUUCAACAACAGAAAAAGAAAAGAAAAACUUGACAACCGAGGAAAUGUCAGAAUUAAAAGCUUGGAAAGAAAGAAGAAUGAAUAACGAUAAUAAUAAUAAAAAUAAAUUAGUAAAUUUAAAGAAGGAAUGGCCAGAGGAAAAUAGGCAACAUUUUGAAGGGGAUAUAAUUUUGAAUGAAAAUCAAGCAAAUAAAUUGGUUGAAAAUAUUAAAAAUAAUAAAAAUAAUCAACACAAAAGAAUUAAAAGAAAAUUUAUUGGUUCAAAUAUUCGACGAUGGGAUUCUACAAAGCCUAUAAUUUAUAGUUUUGAUGGUUCACACACAUUAAGAGAACAAAGAGUAAUAGAAUUAGCAUUAGAACAUUGGCAUAAUAUUACUUGUCUAAAUUUUGAAAGGAAAGAUGAUGAACCUAAAGGCUCUAGAAUUGUAUUUACUGAUGUUGAUGGGUGUGCUUCUAAUGUUGGAAGGCAUCCUUUGGGAGAACCUCAAUUUGUCUCUUUAGCACCUGAAUGUAUUCGAUUAGGAGUUAUUGCACACGAAGUAGCUCAUGCUUUAGGGUUUUGGCAUGAACAAAGCAGACCAGACAGAGAUUUAUGGGUACAAGUACAAUGGGAUAAUAUUGAUAGAGACAGUAAAGGUCCAUCAGAUGUAGACAAUUCUGGAGUUCCCUACGAUUAUGGAAGUAUAAUGCAUUAUAGAUCCAAAGCUUUUGCUAAAUUGGACGAUUUAUUUACUAUUGGGACAUUUAUUGUAGACUAUCAAAGAACUAUUGGACAAAGAGACCAACUUAGUUUUAAUGAUAUUAGAUUAAUGAAUGGUGGGGGGAAUUUUAAAUUAAAUUAA